UUUWAAAUAUUUGGGGAGSAKUGCUUYUUSUUGUUGCUUAUUUGUAGAGACAGAAAGCCUUGAAGAUGUCAACUGAAAUAGAAACUUUAAUGGAGAUGGGGUUUCCACGCAACCGAGCGGAAAAAGCUUUGGCUAUWACUGGCAAUCAAGGUGUACAUCUUGCAAUGGAUUGGUUGUUUGCUCAUUCUGAAGAUCCAGAUAUUGAUGAACCUUACAACCCYAGUGCAGGUCACACGCUAGGCUCAACAGAGACUCCACCUGGAACGUCAGAGAGUUCUCCUCCCAAUGCUGAAGCAAUGGAAGCAGAACAGCCCUCCACUGAAGCUCAGACUCAACAAGAUGGAGUUGAAGGUUCCUCUGAACCAGCAUCACAACAGGCUCUUUCACUUGUCUGCGAAGACUGUGGAAAGAAGAUGAGAAAUGAAAAUGAAGUUCAGUUCCAUGCAGCUAAGACAGGUCAUUCUAACUUUGCUGAGUCAACUGAAGAAAUUAAACCAUUGACAGAAGAAGAAAAGAAACUGAGAAUGGAAAAACUGCAGCAGAGACUUUCKGAAAGACGCCAAGAGAAGAAAGAACAAGAAAAACAGGAAGCUCUACAAAAAGAAAAACUAAGACGAAAGACAGGGAAAGAAAUAACAGAGAUGAAACAUAAAAUGGAACUAGAAGAAGCAAAGAAGUUAGCAGAGUUGAAAAGACGAGAAAGACAAGAAGAGAAACUAGCAAGGCAAAAGGUGAAAGAACAAAUUGCAAGAGACAAAGCAGAACGUGCAGCAAAAUUUGGCCAAACCAGUUCAAGCGYACAAUCRCCUCCWGCUGCCCCUGCACCUCAAGUUGUCCAAACAGAGAAGAAAGAUUACGAUACAUGCAAAUUACAGUUUCGYUUGACAAACGGAAGCACAAUGACUGGYUCGUUCAAGGCCACCGAUACUCUCUCCACUGUUUCCGAUUAUGUGUCCGCAAACAGGACGGACAGCAGUGUUCCUUUUGCUCUUAUGACGUCAUUUCCACGCAAAACCUUCRCUGCGGCAGACAUGGACAAAACUCUCAAAGACGCAGGUCUUGUUCCUUCGGCUGUUUUGAUACUUACAAAAUUAUGAUGUGAAUCYCAGUUUAGGAAAGCAUAUUCUCAUAUCUUCAAUUAUCAAUUUAAAAAUUGAGCCCGCGAUGAGGUUGGUAUGCGGAUUGUUCACAGACGUCACUUCCGGUAAUUGGGUUCUUUCAGUGAGUUGAAAUAAAUGUCAACUAGAAUAUUUUAAAUAUUUAAAAAAAUAAACCUAAAAAACAA